CCGACUUUGUAUGCGUCACUGCAGUUACGGUAUUAUCACAAUUAACAGAACAGAUUAAUCUAUUCUGCGGUAUUACGGCCAUAGACGUAAACAGUGUAUUAUUAUGACUCAAUUAAUAGCCAUGGUCCAAACCGUUCGAGAGAGCUGCUGGCCCAGCAUUCCCACGUAUUCGUAUCAACUAUCAAUACAUUGCCCCCGAUACCCUUAUCAAUAAAAAAUAUGAAACAACAACAAAACGCCAUUUUUCAAUUAUUAUUAUCCUGCGAGUAAACAAUAACUAAAACGGACAAAAAAAUGCCGACGCUAUCGAUUUCGUAAUUUGCGGCGCGCUCGCCCUGCCCAAAAAGUCGCGGCCGUAUCAAGGACCGUCGCAAUCGGUACAAUAAUAUCAUUAUGUAGAUAGUGCGACGGAUACGCGGUCACAUCGAUAACGCGAACACGGGGCGUCGAGCGGAAUCGUCGUCGUCGUCGCCGCCGCCGCUGGUGUUUCGCAUCGACCUCGGCGUCCGGUUUUGCACGCUCUGCGAUCGGACCGGAAGCUUCGUGGUACGUGCUCUACGAACCGGAUACGAAAAAAACCAACGACCAAACGGACGUGUACAGGCAGUUUAACGAUAAAUUGUGCGCGACCGUCGUCUUGCGCUGUCCCAGAUCGAGAAUAUACAUAUUUACUAUAAUAUUAAUAUGUCCGUGAUCGACGGCGGCGGCGGUUACGCGGACGACCAACAACAACACCAACACCAACUCCAGCAGCAACAGCAGCAGCAGCAGCAUCGACAACAACUACAACAACAUCAGCAUCAACAGCAGCAGCAGCAGCAGCAACAACAACAGCAGCAGCAGCAACAGCACCGCAGGCACCAACACCACCACCACCAACAACAACAACAACAACAACGACUGCAAGCGGCGACGGUGGUUACGACGGUGGACGAACGUGGCGGCGGUGGUGGCCGGCAGCGUCAUUCGGAAAAUGUCGCCGAACAGACGGACAUGGCCGAGACCGGUACGAGGGCCACCGACGUCGUAGUCGUCACCGCCGCCGACGCGGUGAAAGAAAACCGCAACGGACCGCCGCCGUCGUCGUCGUCGUCGCCGUCGGACGUCUCCGUGUCGGCCGCUACGUACGCCACGGCCGCAGCCGAACACGUCGCGUCGUCUCAAGUACAAGUGUCCUCCAUACCCGUCGGGCAGCUCAUUAACGUGUCCGGCGCCGGCACGUUCAACGUCAUCACCGCCGACUCGCUGCAGCUUUCAGAAUCAAACGAUUUCAAACCUCUCUUGUGUGUGGAUAACAGUUGUUUAAAUUGUGAUACGCGCACUCAAGUUGAUGGUGAUACCUGGAGAACUGUAGUUCGAGCCGAAGAUGGCACUUUCAAAACUGCGCAUAUUGUACUUAGACCAGAUAACUCGACCACCAAUAAUGUUCACGAAGAAGAGACUGAUCAAGGUGUAUCAUCUCCAAAUACAGCACCUUGUUAUUCAUAUACCGAGGCUGCCAGGUUGCCAGUAUUACCAGUCCGAUGCAAAACCACCAACGCAGAACUGCAUAAAAAAAAAUUUGGUUCUGGCUGUCGAGGCAAGUGUAUUAAAUUUGGAAACCAAUGGUACACACCUAGUGAGUUUGAAGCCCUCUGUGGGAGGGCUUCUAGCAAGGAUUGGAAAAGAAGUAUACGAUUUGGUGGCCGUAGUUUGCAAACAUUAAUAUACGAUGGAGUUUUAUUACCACAUGCUAUGAGUUGUACAUGUGCGGCCUGUUGUGAUGACGAAUCUGCUACUGGCCCUGUACGACUGUUUACACCAUACAAACGAAUACGUACCAAAAAACAUUCGUCUAGUCAUUCGAAAAAGAAAAAAAUAGAAGAUGGUACAGCUAUUAGUAACGAUGAAGAUAGUUGUGAUAGCAGUGUAGGUAUAUCAUUGGACAAUGGUGAUAUAGACAUAAAAGAUGAAGAACCCAUUCUUAUCCAGACUGGUGAUAUUUCUCAAGCUGAAAUUGUUCAAUCAAAUGAUUCAAUAGAAGAUAUGUUUAAAAAGUUAGAAAAUAUGUCUUCGAGAAUGAUAAAAAUGGUUCACCAUUUUCGUAACUCUAUGCGUGUUGCCAAGUACAAAUGGAGUACGGAAAAACAAGAGUUGUUGGCAGAACUCAAGAGGGCCAAAGAGAAUUCUAUAGAAAAUAGGAAUGAUUUUGACGUGGAGACAAUUUCAAGUGUGGCAGCAGGAUUACAGCCAAGUAAUGAUGAUAUGCCAGAUGUCAAAAAGUGUGCCAAUUGCAAUAGAGAUGCAUUUGCAGAGUGUUCAUUGUGUCGACGCACACCAUACUGUUCUACGUUUUGUCAAAGUAAAGACUGGAACAAUCAUCAAGUGGAAUGUGACAAUUCGCAGGGGAGCAUUAUGCUCAUUGUACAAACUCAAGAAUGAACCAUAUUUUAGAUUCUUUGAGUUGUUUUUAAUCAGUUUUUAAUUCCUAAUAUAUAAUUUUUUUUUUUAUGAGUAACAUAGUUUAGAUUAGUAAUUUUAACCUUUAUCAUAGAGUGGAAUGUUUGUUAAAGAUAAGUGAAUGUUAUGGUUUUUCAACAAAAAUUGUUUUAAGUUAAAAUUAAAAAUGUAUUCAUAUUUUUUAUUUUAAAAUUGCUGUAAAUACAAAAUCAAGUGGAAUGACUGUUACAUACACCUUAUUUUGUAAUCAACGACUGAUAAUAUAAUUUCAAAUAUAACAUACUUUAUUUGAAACUAAAAA